AUGACGGCCUCUGCGCCUGCGCCGACCCCGAGGGUUCUCGCUGUGGCGAGCCAUGUAGUAUCCGGAUAUGUGGGGAAUAAAAUCGCCGUCUUCACCCUUCAGUCACUCGGCUACGACGUUGCUGCCCUAAACACCGUCCAGUUCAGCAACCACACCGGCUACGCGCGCUGGACGGGCACAAAGGUGUCGGCGCAAGAAAUCACAGACUUGUACCGUGGUUUGCGCCAGUCGUAUCUCGACGACUUUGACAUGAUGUUGUCGGGGUACAUACCCGGCGCCGAGGCCGUGGUCGCGGUGGGCAGCAUCGCCAAGGAGCUCAGGGAGAAGAACAAGGCGCAGCCCGGGAACUUCUUCUGGGUUCUUGACCCGGUCAUGGGGGACAAUGGUAAAAUCUACGUCUCCGAGGAUGUUGUUCCCGCUUACAAGGGCCUCAUCGAGCAUGCCGACUUGAUUCUGCCGAAUCAGUUUGAGGCUGAGCUUUUGUCGGAGGUCCGGAUUGCUGAUGUGGAAUCUCUCAAGACCGCCAUCCAAGCUCUCCACGACAAGUACCACAUUUCUCACGUCGUCAUCACGUCGGUCAAUUUUUCGUCACCAGGACAACCACCCUCGCACUUGUCUGUCAUCGGCUCAAGCAUGACAUCAACCGGCAGAGCACGUCUCUUCAAAAUCACGUUCCCCUCGAUUGACUGCUACUUUUGCGGCACGGGCGAUAUGUUUGGCGCUCUCAUCACGGCUCGGAUGCGCGAGGCGGUUCAAUCUGUCCCGGGACUGGUCAAUCGCGCAGGUUGGUUGAGCGACGACACUGUGUCGGCGGCACAGUUGCCGCUGGCGCGAGCCGUCGAAAAGGUCCUGGCCAGCAUGCAUGAGGUGUUGACCAGGACGAGAGAUGCUAUGCCGGGCAUCAUUGAGAGAACGAGAGCGCGGCUGAUGGAGGAGGAAAGGGUCAGUGGAAAGGGCGACCAGCAAAUCAAGUCCAAAGGCUCCGAGUUGCAGUUGGUGCAGAAUUUGGAAUGUUUGAGGAGUCCCCGCGUACAGUUCAAGACGCAGCAAAUAUAA